AUGCACGACUCUGCUGUAGUCUAUUCUGCUUCCCUCAGUGCACUCCAAAAUACUACAGUAGAUAUCACCGUUUCCGCCACACCGUGCAAAUAUCGACUGAUCGAUUGCGCUCAAUUCCUCGAUCACGACACCCUCGCGAUCCAUGAAUUCCAAGAUCUCCCCGCUCGCGAAUACGCGACCAUAUCUUACGUUUGGAGAGGACUCGGGGUUGACUCGAACCAUACCAGCGGUGAAAAAUACGGCACAUUCACCAUCAGAGGUGCUACAAAUGGCGACCCGAUGAGUAUCGAUGUCCUCAGACACGCGUGCACCGCUGCAGCCCAGAAGGAAGCGAAGUUUAUCUGGUUGGAUGGUCUCUGCAUCUUACAAAGCAAUGACAACGACAAAGCCUGGCAAAUUCGCAGAAUGUACCACAUCUACCAAUCUUCGGCCCUGUGCAUUGUUCUCCCUGGUGGAAUGCGGCGGCUAGCGCAGGUAGAUGAAGAAACGACGUGGAUCCAGCGGUCAUGGACCCUCCAGGAGGUUCUAGCACCGAAAAUGUCGAAUGUGAUGGUCUUGUUUGCUUGGACAUAUGGGGAAGCCCUAUCCAUCGCAUCUACUAGUGCGCAAUUCAACUACAAAGAAGUCGUUCCGGGUCAAUCAGCUGCAUGUCCCCUUCAGGACGCUCUCUCGACACACAGCGGAAAUAUCUAUGAGUUGAAGACAGAACGUAAAACCUUCAAGUUUUUCUCGACAACGCUAUUUGGCCGAGAGAAGUCGUAUGUCAGCACGCUUCUUGCUGUAUUGGACAAUGGGGGGCUGGAGAAUGCAGGUAGCGUACAGGCCGUAUGGCAAUGCUCACUGAUGCGCACAUGCACCUAUCCCGUUGAUGCCGUGUUCAGCAUCAUGGGUCUGUUCGGAGUAAGCCUCGAUCCACUCCGUUUCAAACCGGAUGACAGGCGAGGUGCAACUAUCGCCCUAGCUGCGGAGAUAUUAAGGAAUGGAGGAAGGGCAGACUGGCUCGCUGCCGCCCUCGAUCUUCCUCCGGAGAAAGGGGUUUCAGCGCUUCCAGCGCUUCCUCGCGUCAACCCGAUAGGAAACGCGACACUGGUCACCGAAGAAGGGGAGAGACCUGUGGCGGAGAUCUUGCCAUGGGUUGGGUUUGGGUGGGUGGACGGCAUUCCAUUAGGAAAAAUGGACGAGAAGGGAUGCUUCACAUUCUCCAGCCCUGCAGCUCUCCUGAUACCUGCAGGCCGCCAAGAAUCUGGCCGCAUAGAAAAUGAUGAAAAGACUAUGCAUGACGCCACCGGGAAACUGCAGGUCAUCGCAACUAAUGGCACCAUCUGGAAGAUACACAUUGGUGAUGAAGAAACUUACCAACAAACCCGUCGGUCUUUCAUCGCCUUCAUCGGCACUCUCACACAUUAUACUUCUGCUGUUUUUGGAUGCUUUGUCGAUCCUCAUCCGCAUAGAGCAAUUCUCGUCGAGGAACAUGAGGAUGGCAGGUUCCACAGAACAUCUUCGUUUAUCCUUGGCACGGAAUUUGUACCCUAUAUUGAACGCUGCAAGUCGUAUGAGAUCUGCCUUGCAGGGCUAGUCUGA